AUGGCUCCUAGAAUCUUUGACGCGAGAACAGAGCUAAUUCUGCUUGAACACCUUGAGCAGCAUAAGGGAGAGAAUGGUCUGUAUUCCUUGGAUUCCGCCAAAGCUUGCACAUUCGCGUUCAAUCGUAUCAAAGAAACAAUCCCUGAUUCUGCAGUUACUCCAAAGCGCAUUCAGACAAGAUUGAGCUCAAAAUUGGCACGCUGCCAAAGCUCCGGCCGUAGCGUGUACACGCUCUACCGAUCAGGGCCUGCCGUACUUUCACCCUCUUACAGAAACCAGCUCUACAAUGAAUCUAAUGGAGUAGAAUUUGCCAAAACAUUGGUCAAUAUGAACAGCACGAAUGUUCCAAGUGAAACAGGUCGCAGAAUCCUAGACAGACCAUCGCGAGCACGUCACGGAAUGAGAACCAGUAGUGAAUCAACAGGAAGGCUGCUUCCAGCAAGCCAAGUCAACGUUACAUUUGACCUGCCUAGGGGCCAAACGCCGAGCUUUUCACCCAUUUCACCUUACUUAUCUCAUACGAGCGCACACGACCCCGCUAUCAUGAGGAGCAGUGAACCGACGAGGAGCGAUGCACCAACACAGACAAGCAGUAACGUACAGAACUUAGGUUCCCAAGAGAUAUUUAGUAUCAAGCAACGCCAAACACUCACACUGCUUGAAGGAUACAUAGAGCAAGAUUCAGAGGCGUUCUCAUGUGGUCAACCAGUCUUCUCAUCAUUCCAGGCCAAUAUCUCUGCGACAAUAGAGCGCACUGCGAAGCAGCUGCUGCAACAAGCUUCCCAACUACUAGGCAUUACUAUAGCAUCCUUAUCCCAUCAACAUCCACGGCUGGCACGGACUUUGAGGAACAAAGGGUUUCUCACACUCUGCAAGGCAAUAUGCCCUCAUCGACCAGCUCUGGACAUGCGAGAAAAGCUCCUGAAAACGGGGGUAACCACCGAGGAGAUACUGCAAGGCCUCCUCGCCGCCGCCAUUCACAUUCAUGUGCUAGACAACUACGACAUCCACGACCUCAUUACGAAACAACUACUAAACGGAUCGGAGAUCGAUCAUAUCUACAAGCGCACCAUAGCUAAAAUUUCCCCGAAGCUCGCCCAACAAGCCUGGCUCGAAAGCAAAUCCAUCUACAUCAAGGAGCACCUCAUGAACCACGACCGUCUCUCUUCGCACUCCACAACGCAACAAUUCACCAGGGAACCACUUAACGUACGUACGCUCUGCGACAAUCUAGCAGCCGACUUCGAUGACACUAUGACCGUCUUCCUCGAAGAAAACGACCUCUUCACUGCCGCCCACAGCAACGGGGAAUGGCGGCACAAUCUGAGGAACACGUUCGAGAUGGCUGUAAAGUUGAAGGCUUUCGUGGAGCUCGGAGCCAGGAAGGAGUAUUUCUACUUGCCAAAAUGUGAUGAUGUGUUUGAUCGGACGAUUUUGAGGACGGAGCAAUUCUUGGGUGAUGGUGCGGGCGAGGGGCGGAGAGUGAAGCUGGGGAUGUUUCCUGCGCUGAGAAAGCAUUCUGAUACCGUGGGUGAGAAAAGGGGAGAGGAGCAUGAACUCGCUGUGGUGCAUGGGCUUGUUCUUUUGCAGUAG